AUGGCACUAACACGUCGAUGGCCUCGUACGCUUUUAUUUGCGGUGCUGGGCACUGCUACCGCAUCUGAAUUUCAAAUUCCUUUGGUAUCGCAAAAACCAUUGGAAGCAGGAAACGCGCUUAUCAAACCGUUGAUCAACACUGAAGAUCUGCAGGCCAGCAUCAAGAUUGAGAACCUCGUUGAGCGUGCCAAGAGUCUAUAUGGUCUUGCAGAGCUCUCAGAACCAGAGUAUGGACAUCCAACUCGAGUCAUCGGAAGUGAGGGUCAUACCGCUACCUUGGAAUAUAUAUAUUCUGCCUUAGGGAAGCUUGAUGGCUACUACACCCUUUCGAAGCAGCCAUUUCCGGCUGUUAUGGGCAAUGUCUACGAAUCCCGUCUAGUUAUUGGCCAUGAUGUUCCCAAGUCUGCUUUUCCGAUGUCGCUGACUCCUCCAACGACUAACAAACAGCCUGUUCAUGGCGACCUUAUCUUUGUAGCAAACGAAGGAUGCGAUGCAUCUGACUAUCCAUCUAACGUAACUGGCAAUAUUGCUUUUAUCCUCCGUGGCAAAUGCUCCUUUGGUGCCAAAUCAGAGCUCGCCGGCAAGGCGGGUGCAGUGGCAGCGAUCGUGUAUAACUACGCUUCUGAGCCGCUUUCGGGUACACUAGAGAGUCCCACUCCCGACCAUGUUGCUACAUUUGGCUUGUCAGGCGAGGAUGCUAGUCCCAUACUGGAGAAGUUGAAGAAGGGCGAAGUCAUCGACUCUAUCGCAUACAUCGACUCGGAGGUUAAGAAGAUUGAAACGACAAACAUCAUUGCUCAGACUGUCGAAGGGGACCCAAACAACUGUGUCAUGCUUGGAGGCCAUAGCGAUAGCGUGGCAGAGGGUCCGGGAAUUAAUGAUGACGGCUCGGGUAGCCUUACUCUCCUCGAAGUUGCUACACAGUUGACCAAUUUUAGCGUUAACAAUUGCGUGCGUUUCGCUUGGUGGGCUGGAGAAGAGGAGGGUCUUCUUGGCUCGGACUACUACGUCGAGGUCUUACCGAAGGAAGAAAACUUAAAGAUCCGCCUUUUUAUGGACUACGACAUGAUGGGCAGUCCAAACUUUGCCUAUCAAGUCUAUAAUGCGACAAAUGCUGCAAACCCUGAAGGCUCGGAGCAGCUAAGAAAUUUAUACGUUGAUUGGUACGAGGCGCAAGGACUUAACCACACCUUUAUUCCCUUCGAUGGACGUAGUGACUACGAUGCUUUUAUCCGUAACGGUAUCCCUGGAGGAGGUAUUGCAACGGGAGCCGAGGGUCAUAAGACAAAGGAGGAGGAAAUCAUGUUCGGCGGUAAAGCAGGUGAUUGGUAUGAUCCUUGCUACCAUCAGUUAUGUGACGAUAUUGGCAACGUUAAUUCAACCGCUUGGCUUGCCAACACGAAGCUCGUUGCUCACUCCGUUGCCACCUUUGCUGCCUCAUUUAAGGGCUUCCCCGAGCGGUCGAAUACUACCGUAUUGGAAGCCAAUGAACAGCGUGCCCAAUACCAUGGGCAUCGACUUGUUCUAUAA